ACUCAUCAGUAUUCUAGGAGAAAGCAAGGUGAGCAGUACGGUGCGGUCAACACGGUCCCCAGGGUUAGCUUUAAGGAAGGAGGUGCAACAGUCUGGGCAGGGAUCACCAGUCAUCACAAAACUGAUUUGGUAGAACCCCUCCUCAUAAUCCAAGUCCACCAGGACACCCCCAACUCUGCUUAAGCAUGAUCAUACUUCACCACAUGGUGCCAGAACCGUCACAGCUGGACUUCAGGAAGUGGGAGUGGCUCAUAUGGAAUGACCACCAAUGACCUCUGACCUGAACCCCAUAAAGCCCGUCUGGAACCAGCUGACUGCAUGAUUGUAUUCACCCCCAAGUGAUCUGGCAGAACUACAUGUAGACUUUGUGGAAGAAUAACAUCAAGAGGCUGUGAUGAACACUAUCAGCAGUCCUCGCUGCAAAUGGUGAAACUACCAGCUAUUGACAUGGUCAAUUUUUGUCAUUUGGGUCUGUGUUUGUUACUGUUGGUGUCAACUCUAAUUUUUCUUCUCCCUGCAAUAGAGCUGCAUUUUUUUUUGUUGCAAUUACAAUCGUUUGUAAUGUUUUCUUUUUGUUUUUUCUGUGUGUCCAGAGAGAGAGUAGCCAUGUCGGAGGAGGCAGUGCGUCAGACUCGCAGCCAGAAGCGGGCUCUUGAGAGGGACCAUGCAGCUGUGGUUGGAGACAUGGACAGCAAACGGGUAAAGCUGGAGAAAAGUGACACAGCCAUAAUCCCAUUAGCCCUGGUGGGAUCUGGAGCCGAGGAUGUCAGGUUGAAGAACGAUCAUGCUAAGGUAGCAGCCAGUAUCCUAAAGACGGGGGAAGUGAAAGCCACCAUCAAGGUGGAGGUCCAAACUGGAGAUGAACCUGUUGACAUGAGCACAUCGAAAAGUGACAUCAAGACAGAGCAACAGCCGUCUUCUCCAGACGACGUGAUUGUCCUGUCAGACAACGAGCCGUCCAGUCCAGUCAUGAACGGCCACUGCUUUACAAAAGCAGACACGGAGAAACUUAAGAAGAGUUCCCCUGAAGAAAGGGAAAUCAUCAUCAAACAGCUUAAGGAAGAGCUGAGACUUCAAGAGGCCAAACUGGUGCUCCUUAAGAAACUCCGACAGAGCCAGAUCCAGAAAGAGAGUACUGUUCAGAAGGCAAGUGGCUCCGUGGCUACUCCUCCUCCUCUGGUCCGAGGGACCGUGACAUCCAGUAAAGGCUCCCUCCAGGUGACGGGGCGGAGCUCGGGCACAGUGAUCCCUCCUCCUUUGGUGCGGGGAGGGCAGCACGUCCAUUCAAAACACGGCUCUCAGAUUGUCAUGCCCCCGCUUGUCAGAGGAGCCCAGCCGAUCGCAGUGACUCCCCAGCAGAUAGCUAGUCUGCGGCAGCAACAGCAGCACAGCGGAUCAGGGCCUCCCCCGCUCCUGCUGGCCCCCAGGGCAUCUGUGCCCAACGUCCAGGUGCAGGGCCAGAGGAUCAUUCAGCAGGGACUCAUUCGAGUGGCCAAUGUAUCCAACAGCAAUGUCAUGGUCAACAUCUCUCAGGCUUCUCAGAGUGGUCUAAAAGGCUCCUCAGCAUCACCAAACUCCAGCAUCAACGACUCUCCAGCCAGCAGACAAGCAGCGGCUAAAUUAGCUCUGCGGAAACAGCUGGAGAAAACGCUGCUGGAGAUUCCUCCGCCCAAACCUCCUGCUCCUGAAUUCAACUUCUUGCCUUCAGCUGCUAAUAAUGAGUUCAUCUACUUGUUGGGUUUGGAGGAGGUGGUGCAAAAACUUCUGGAAAUGCAUGGAAGGGGCAAUCUAGGCCCAGCCGCUGCAAUGGCCAACUCCAUUUCCAAAGAGCCGUAUACCUGCGCCCAGUGCAAGACAGACUUUACCUCCCGCUGGAGGAAGGAGAAAGCUGGGACCAUCCUCUGUGACCAGUGCAUGUCAUCCAAUCAGAAGAAGGUCCUGAAGGCUGAACACACCAGUCGGCUGAAGUCCGCCUUUGUGAAGGCCCUCCAACAGGAGCAAGAAAUCGAGCAGCGCAUCCUUCAGCAGACGGCCUCCUCCUCUUCCUCCUCAGCUUCCUCCGCCUCUAAAACCACCUCAUCCUCUCCCUCACUGUCAAAGAACGAGAUGCUCAUUUCCCAGGGAUUCAAGCAGGUCCGACCCGCGAUGCAGCACAGAUCUGUGGCUGCCCACCAUUCUCUUAAGCAGGGCCAGCUGUCUCACAGCAUCCAGUCUGCUGUCGGCUCCCGUGGAGUGGCUCACUCUUUUACCUCCUCCCAGCUGCAGAACGCGGUGGCGGCGGCGGCAGCACUGGGCAGCAGGUCAGAUAAGCAUGUGUCUGCCCGCUCACUUCAGCAGGGAGCAAAGGUCAGCACUGGCAGCAGUGGGAACCAGGGCAAUGUGGUGGCCUGGAGGAAGCAGAGCAGUGGAAACUCUGGUGUGACCAUGGCCUACGUCAACCCCAGCCUGUCUGCUCAUAAAACCUCCUCUGCAGUUGAACGUCAGCGGGAAUAUCUGCUGGACAUGAUUCCAUCGCGUUCCAUCUCCCAAGCUGCAAACACGUGGAAAUAGUGGAAUCCUCUCCCGAUGGACAUCAGGACUUUUAGCCCUCUUGAUAUCAUGAAGAGCCAUUCUCAUCCUUCUCAAGUUUCUGGUGGACUCUGGGUAGUGUUGAACUCUUUCCCUGCUUGGAUGGAGAUGCUCUUGCCUUUCUUUCUUAGCUUCUUUUGCUACCUUCUUCCUAUUUUGGAUUCUUUCCAAAUUGGAGUUUUGCUGUAACAGCUUCUGGGAUAUAGAGACUAAAGAUGACAGUCUAAAGAUUUGGGGUACCUUUGGGGGGGCUGGGGUGACAUUAGUGGGUAUAGUUUCACUUAAUACUCAAGUGAUUUAGCCUCUCUCCCCAACUGCUUUUUCAAGUUGCCACAAAAUUGCGAUCUCCUCUGCCUCUGUCCUUGGGCGGAACCGAGUCUUUGCUACUGCGUACAGGAUGACAGGAUCUCAGCCUCCCAAACGUCCCUCUGCAGCCUGAGGCAGUGAGACUCGGGACCUAACUGACUUGAUGUGUGGACCUCAUCGCAGAGUCGGUUGAACUCUGAACACCAUCCAUAACAGGAACUGCUUCAACUUUGCAGAAAUAAAAAAAAAGAAAACGGACAAGGAAACAGAAAUGGAGAGACGGUCUGGCCUCUCCAGCUCGGUGUAUAUUGGAGAGAAGUCGAGUGUGUUUGAUGAUUUUGUAUGGUUGAAUGUUUGGAUGUGGUCUUUUCAUCUGUGAGUCAUAUACUGUGUUUGAAAUGUCGUGCUCCUUGACACUUUGGAAGAGGCCUCUUUUAAGGUCUAAUGUUACCGUUAAGGUGGUUUUACAUCUGCUGGGUUCUGUGGUGGCCGAUUUUAUUUCUUUUAUUAUUAUUUUUUGUUAAGAUGAAGAAAAAAGUCAAAGGUUUCACUGACUUGAGUGAGGGCACAAAGCAGCAUUUAGAGUGUUUUGUACCCCGCCUCCGCCCUACUGGAGCUGGGAUAGGCUCCAGCAGCCCUGUGACCCCCAAAAGGGACCGAGCAGGUUUGGAUAGAGGACGGAGGCAUAAUUGUGAAACAAACUUUCCAAAGAACCCUUGGAGCCCAAACAGAAGGUCGUAGUUUUUCUGGAGCCCUCUCAAACCUGAGUGGGUGUGAGGAAUGCCUCCUGUUGGACACUGCUUUGCUUCAUGUCGUCGGUUGUGGUGCUUUUUUUUUUUCUUUUAUAAACAAAUGGUCUAAAUUUAUUUAUAGGGUAAGUAGAGAUGUGUGCGUAUGCCCUGCUUUUGAAUGGAUGUUCACUUUAAAGGUUGUGUCUGCUGCAUGGAGAGAGUUUGAGAAUGUAGUUAUGCAAACGGCAGACAAGAUGAUUCAUUCAUCUCUAUUGUAAAGAUUUCUAUGUCUCGAUCAGGUUGAUUUGGCCGUCCAGUCAAGUCAUAGUGGCGAUUAACUACAGAAAUACAAAACAGCCAAACGUUCCUCCCAUAGAUGACAGACUAUGGAAGUCGUGUUUGGAGUUCACUCAGACGUGAUCAGAUGCUUAAAAUCCAAUGCAGAAAUGAGUCAUGUUUUUUUGUAAAUGAUAAAUGACCAAAACCGACAAACGGCCGACAGUCUGUGCAGGCGGCAUGCUCCUGUACAAUGUUUGACUUGACAUUGGCAGUAAUUGAAGACCCAGUUGAUUUGAGUUUUAAAUCUCUGUAACGACACAGAUGUAGAGAUAUUUCACAUUCCCAAUGGGUAAUAUAAAAGCAACCUUUCUCUUUAGAAACAAACGGCAGCGGUUCGGAUGAGCUGUCUCUCUGCCCUGCUAAAUGGAACUGCUGUCCUGAAUCCUCUCAGCAACAUUAGCAUUCCAUUCAUUUGGGGUCAGUGUGCUGCUUCAGUGCAGACGCACAACAGUGUAUGAAAAAUCAUUGUUUGGGGGAUUUUGUUUUCUUUAUCGAAAUAAUAAAACUAAUUUUAACAUGUCUUUAA